GUGCAUAUGCCAGGUUUGAGUGUAGGGGAGGAGUUUAUAUAAACAGCUCAGCUCAGUUAGACACCGAUGGAAGAGACGCAGAACAUGGAGAAUCACUUUAAUGAUUCCGCCAGUUCAGACAGCAACGACUGCCAGAGGGUAGACCAAUAUGGAUUUGAGAGAGCGGAAGAUUUCAACUAUGAAUCCUAUGAGGACUUUAUGUCCAGGCAUUUAGCUGUUGUCACUAGAAGGUCAAAGAAGUGGACGAAACUUUUAAAGGGCACUGUAAAAGUUGAGAAAAACAUAAAAGUGAAGCGAUAUGUGAGGAAAGGGGUUCCAUGGGAACAUCGCACUCAGACCUGGAUGGCAGCUAGUGGAGCCCAGGACCAGCUGGACAGAAAUCCUGGCUACUAUCAUUCUCUACUAAAGGCUGAGCAUGACCCUAAAAUAGAAGAGGUUAUACGUGCUGAUAUGCACAGAACCUUUCCUGACAACAUUCAGUUCCGUGCCUCCUCCCAGCCAUGUUUACAGAAAGCCCUGUUUAAUGUACUCCUGGCCUAUGGAUACCACAAUAAGGAUGUUGGUUACUGUCAGGGAAUGAACUUUAUUGCUGGAUACCUCCUCAUCAUCACCAAAGAUGAAGAGAAGUCUUUCUGGUUAAUGGAUGCUUUACUUGGCAAGAUCUUACCAGACUAUUACACACCAACAAUGCUGGGGCUUCAAAUGGAUCAAGAGGUGCUUGGAGAGCUUGUCAGAAUGAAGGUUCCUGCUGUCUGGCAGGUCAUGAAUAGACACAAUGUAAUGUGGACCCUGGUGAUUUCACGCUGGUUCAUCUGCCUGUAUGUGGACAUACUUCCUGUAGAGACAGUGCUGAGAAUAUGGGACUGCCUGUUUUACGAGGGAUCCAAGAUCCUGUUCAGAGUGGCUUUGACGAUGAUUCGUCACAAUCAGAACCUCAUCUUACAGGCACAGAGUCUCUCAGAAAUCUGCGAACGCUUCAAACAGAUCACUCAUGGGGAGUACGUAGAGGACUGCCAUACAUUCAUGCAGAAAAUCUUUAUGGAGCCCGGAGGUCUCUCUACAGCAACAAUUACUAAACUCAGGAAGAUGUGCAGGAAUCGCAUUACUUCUGCCUGAACAUGACAUACAGUUCUGCAUUUUCAGCAUGUGAGAUGAGAAUCUAUUACUUAAUGUGUGGAAAAACUUUAAGGUAUGUUAAGAUUUUAUAUGAAUAUUUUAAACAUAAUGAAAGGGAUACACUACC